UCUUUGUUAUAAUUAUGUUUUUUUUUAUCAAAAUAAUUUCAUAAUGCAUUUUUUUUCUUUAUGUCAGGGACUGGUGGAGACAAUUUCAGAGAUGGCCCCCAAUGUAAUGAACAGAAGGUGUGCUAGGCACAUUUGUGCCAAUUUCAGAACUCAUUUUGCUGGAGGUGCACUAAAGAAAUGGUUUUGGUCAGCUGCCAGGUCAUAUACUUCCUCUGGUUUUAACUUUGCAAUGUAUAAAAUGAAAGAGUUGAAUGUUAAUGCAUAUAAGUGGUUGCUAGCUAUUCCAUCUGAGCAGUGGUCAAGGUAUGCCUUUGAUAAAAGGCUUAAAAAUGACCAUGUUACUAAUAACAUUUCAGAGUCUUUUAAUAAUUGGAUUGAAGAAUUUAGACCCAUGCCUUUCUUGAGUUUGUUAGAUGGUCUUAGGUGUAAACUAAUGAAAAGGCUUACAAAUAGGGCUGCAAAAGGGCAGAAGUCCACACAUGAGUUAAUGCCAACUGUAGUUGAGAGGUUAAAUAUUGCAGUUGAAGAGUCUAGGAAGUGUGAGAUUGUAGUUGCUGGAAAUGAUCAGUUUGAAAUUAAAGACAAAAGAAAUCAUUUUGUUGUGAAUUUAUCAAACAAGAGAUGUGACUGUGAAGAGUGGGAUUUGUCUGGACUGCCUUGUAAACAUGCCAUAGUUGCAAUCAAACACAACAGGCAGAGGCUUGAGGAUUAUACAGAUAAGUGUUUUUCCAGGGAAAUUUACAUGACAGUUUAUAGUCAUUUUAUCAAUCCUAUUAACCACCCUGAUUUCUGGCCAGAACACCUAGAUGCCACUCCAAAGGAUCUGCAACCUCCUACUUAUAGGAGGUUGCCUGGGAGACCUAAAAAAAAUAGAAGAAAAGAGGCUGGAGAAGGCCAAUCACAGAAAAGAUCAACUGUGGUUAGAUGCAAGAGAUGCAAAGGUUGGGGGCAUAACAUUAGAACUUGCAAAGGACCAACUCAGUCUAGGAGAGGUGCCACAACCACAGCUAAUGGGGUAUGUUGUACAGUUUAUUAUUUUUACUUCAUGUGUUCUUACAAUUUGUUUAUAUGUUUCUAAGCAAAUACAGAUAUAUUGUAGGAAAAUACACAAUUUCAAGCCUCUAGCAAUCCAGAAAGACAAGGUGAAGCAUCAGUGUUGACUAGAAGAAAAAGAGCAAAUGCCCAGGUAGCUCAUGAUCCGAAUCCGAGGAGCAAAGUUGAACCAAGUCCGGGGAAAGCCGAGGAACCGAGCCGUAUGGAAUUUAUGUGGAUUUAAUUAACUUAUGUUUUGGUACUUAAAUAUUUUUAGUGGAUUGUAAUCCGUAGUACUUGAAUAUGUUAUCGGGAAAUGAUUUUUAAUCCUUAUGUAUAAUAUAAUAUUUUCCGAUUAUUCUUGUUCUUUUCUAAUGUUGAUUUCUUAAGAGCUCUA